CCAAUAAAUGAGAUAUUGUUGCAGCGGUCCUCCAACGUCUCCAUUCAUAAUAAUUUUUCCCCUUAAAACGGGAAAACUGCUUUUGAAGCCUUUUCUAUUUCCAUCGUUUUUUCGCAGUUUGUCAUUUUCUGCGCUUCUAUCUCGUCGCUCACUUGCACAACACAAUUAAUUCAAAAUUUUUUUUUAAUUCUCACAAUAUUGAAUUAAAAAAAAAGGGAAAAGGAAAGAUUUACUAUAAUCUUCUCUUUUUAAAAAUAAAUCUAAAAUCGCACUAGUGGUGGUGGUGUCAAUGGUGAUUGCAGCGGCAGCUGUCAUCGUCCCAUUGGGCCUUCUCUUCUUCAUCUCCGGCCUCGUUGUUAAUCUUAUUCAGGCAGUUUGCUUUGUUCUCAUUCGGCCACUAUCCGAGAACACUUAUAGAAAGAUCAAUAGGGUGGUUGCAGAGUUGUUGUGGCUGGAACUCGUAUGGCUUGUUGAUUGGUGGGCGGGAGUUAAGAUUAAAGUGUUUGCAGAUCAUGAAAGCUUCAAUUUAAUGGGUAAGGAACAUGCCCUUGUUGUAUCCAAUCACAGAAGUGAUAUCGAUUGGUUAGUUGGAUGGGUUUUGGCUCAGCGAUCAGGUUGUCUUGGGAGUACAUUAGCAGUGAUGAAGAAAUCAUCAAAAUUCCUUCCAGUCAUAGGCUGGUCAAUGUGGUUUUCUGAGUAUCUGUUUUUGGAACGAAGCUGGGCCAAGGAUGAAAAUACGUUAAAGGCAGGCCUUCAACGUUUAAAGGACUUCCCACGGCCCUUUUGGUUGGCACUUUUUGUAGAAGGAACUCGCUUUACGCAAGCAAAGCUUCUAGCAGCUCAAGAAUAUGCGACCUCACAAGGAUUGCCUAUUCCUAGAAAUGUUUUAAUUCCUCGUACAAAGGGUUUUGUUUCAGCUGUAAGUCAUAUGCGUUCAUUUGUCCCAGCCAUUUAUGAUGUGACAGUGGCUAUUCCAAAAAGCUCACCUUCACCUACAAUGCUUAGACUUUUCAAGGGGCAAUCUUCUGUGGUGCAUGUACACAUUAAGAGGCAUCUCAUGAAGGAACUGCCUGACACGGACGAAGCUGUUGCACAGUGGUGUAAAGAUAUCUUUGUGGAGAAGGACAAGUUGUUGGACAAACACAUAGCUGAGGACACUUUCAGUGACCAACCAUUGCAGGAUGUUGGUAGGCCGAUCAAGUCUCUUUUGGUUGUUACCUCUUGGGCAUGUCUUGUGGCUUAUGGGGCUCUCAAGUUUCUGCAAUGGUCGUCACUUUUAUCCUCAUGGAAGGGCAUUGCAUUGUCAGCAUUUGGCUUGGCCAUUGUUACCAUCCUCAUGCAAAUCUUAAUCCUCUUCUCUCAGUCAGAGCGUUCAACUCCUGCCAAGAUAGCUCCAGCCAAGCCCAAGAAUGGCGGGGAGAGUUCAGAGGCAAGACGGGACAAACUGCAGUAGAUCGAUCUUCCUCCCAAGAAAUCCGCAUGGCAGGAACCUCAUCUACAAUCAUAUUUUCAGAAACCUAAACCAUGUGUAGUGUCUGUAUCACUUUCACUUACCUCGGUUUGUCUUCAUUUUAGACUUUCAAGCAUAUUGUCUUAUGGUCAUCAGGUGACACAAGUUUGUCUGCAUUGUCAAUUCUUUGUUUUCUGUUAAAAUGGCUUUGUAGCAGCAAUGUUUUACAUUAGGCUAGCCCCAUUCUUACAUUUCGAUAUCUCUUCAGUCGAUACAGGAGUCUUAAAAAUUUAUUCACAUGCCUUAAUUGUUGUCUGCCAUUUUUUUCACUAAGCUUUCAUUCUUUGUUCCAAAUAUUUUUACGUCAGCGGAGGAAGUUGCUGCUGGCUGAAACCAUUUCCUGAAAUUCAAAACUACACUU